AAAUGGGCUUAGUACCUUUGACGUUGUGAAGGUAGUGCAUUACAGUGAUGGCAGAUAUUUUUCUCCACCUGGUGUUUGGCGUGUUUAAGGCUGUGACAUUGGUGUACAACAUUGUAACGUUUGUUCCAUACUACGUAGUGUGUCAGCCAGGAGAAAAGCUGAAAAGGUCGAACAGGCUCAAGGCAAAGAGAAUAGAAGAGUCUCCAGAUUCACCCUAUAGAGCUGUAGAUGUAGCUUUAAAGGAACUAACUACCACACCUUUUCCUGAAUGUCGUACACUAGACGACCUAUUUAUACGUGCUGUUAGAAUUUACGGAGGAAAGAAAUGUCUCGGUACAAGAGAAGUUCUACGAGAAGAGGAUGAAAAACAACCAAAUGGAAAAGUCUUUAAAAAGGUCAUUUUAGGUGAAUAUAACUGGAUAUCGUUUGAGGAAGUGUUCACACGAAUUACCAACCUGGGCAGUGGUCUGUUAGCUUUAGGACAGAAACCUCGGUGUAACACUCUCAUUUAUGCAGAGACCAGGGCUGAAUGGAUGAUAGCAGCUCAAGCAUGCUUUAAAUACAACUUCCCAGUGGUGACAUUGUAUGCCACACUGGGAGUAGAUGCUCUGGUGCACGGUAUCAAUGAAAGUGAAGUUAGUUAUGUGAUCACAUCAGCAGAGCUUCUACCAAAGUUUCAGGGAAUUUUAGACCAGAUUCCAAAGGUUUCUCACCUGAUUGUGAUGUGUGAUGAGCAGAAAAUUUCAAAGAAAGACUUUCCGAGCCAUAUAAAUAUACUGACCUUUGCUGAGGUGGAACUGAUUGGUGCCGAGCCAGAUAACAUUAGAACACCAGUUACAAAGCCAUCGAGAGAUGAUACAGCUGUUAUUAUGUAUACAUCUGGUUCUACAGGAAAACCCAAAGGUGUAAUAAUAAGCCAUGGUAACUUGAUGUCAGGAAUGUCGGGUCAGUGUCAGAGGAUUGAAGGUCUGGGACCACAUGAUACAUACAUUGGAUAUCUACCUCUAGCUCAUGUGCUUGAACUUAGUGCAGAAACUGCCUCCCUGUCACAUGGUGUAGCCAUAGGAUACUCCUCUCCUCUCACACUCACUGACCAGUCCAGUAAGAUCAAGAAAGGAAGUCAAGGGGAUAUUAGUGUUCUCAAACCUACACUGAUGGCUGCUGUACCUGUUAUUAUGGACCGGCUGUAUAAAGGUGUAUGGGACAAGGUGAAGUCUGGCAGUCCAUUCAGCCGUGCUCUCUUCCAGUUUGCCUAUGAAUACAAGAAGAACUCUCUAGAGAAAGGAUAUGACACACCUGUUUUUAACAAAAUCUUGUUCAGUAAGAUACGGCAGUUGUUGGGUGGAGAACUGAGGAUGAUGUUGAGUGGAGGUGCUCCAUUGUCAGAGAAAACCCAAAGAUUCAUGAACAUAUGCUUCUGUUGUCCAGUUCUCCAAGGUUACGGCCUCACAGAGACCUGUGGUGCAGGAACAGUUUGUGAUGUGAAUGAUAUGAGUACAGGGCGUGUGGGACCACCGGUAACUUGUUGUGAAAUCCGACUGAGAAAUUGGCAAGAAGGAAACUACCUGAACACCAACAAACCCUAUCCACAAGGUGAGAUUCUGAUAGGAGGAGGGAAUGUAGUACAGGGGUACUACAAGAACAAGGAAAAGACAGAAGAAGAUUUUACUGUCAUUGACGGGUUACAAUACUUCUGUACAGGUGAUAUAGGGCAGGUGGAAAAAGAUGGCAGUCUUAGGGUGAUAGAUCGUAUGAAGGACCUGGUCAAGCUUCAGCAUGGAGAGUACAUAUCUUUGAGCAGGAUUGAAACAGCCUUAAAGAUGUGCCCCCUGGUGGAACAGAUCUGUAUCCAUGCCAACAGUUCUCAGUCUGUAUGUAUAGCGCUGAUUGUACCAAGCCAGAAAAAUUUGACAGAACUGGCUAAGAAAAUUGGUAUCACAGGAAAAGAGAUAGAAGAUCUAUGUGAGGAUGAGAAAGUUGAGAAGGAAGUGCUGAAAGAAUUAGCAACUGCUGGUAGAAAAGCUAAGUUGGAGAAGUUUGAAAUUCCAUCCAAAUUAAAGUUGUGCCCUGAACCCUGGAUGCCUGACACUGGACUGGUUACAGAUGCAUUUAAACUGAAACGUAAAAACAUUGAAGAAACAUUUAAACCCAGUCUGCAAAGAAUGUAUUCAUUUGCAUAAAGAUAUUAGAUCAUGACACAGUUGAUAUUUAGUGUUGAUGUAUACAUCAUGUAAUGUAUUUUUGUAGCAAGCAUUAGGUUACAGGACCAACUACUUUGAAGGUUGUUAGUAGGUUUUUUGUAUAUGGAUGACAUAUUUUUGGAACUAUUUUUCUGAUUCCUAGUAACUCCAUAUUAAGGGCAGUUUCAGCAGUUGUGCAACCCUGUUGCGCAGCUGUCCAUCCAUUACAGAUUCUGUUUUUCAUUAGUCAGAAAGUUGAAUUAUUUUCAGAUGAUAUCGCACACUUUGCCUUAAUGGAAACAAACUGGUUGUGAACAAUUUUAAGUUGAUAAAAAGGGAAUUGGUUGGUUUUUAUCUAAAGGGAAGGCAAAUGAAUACAAUUACAGUUAAAUUUUUAUUCCUGUUAAAGAAUGUGUAAAUGUCCCAAAGAAACGUGUAAAGGACGAUUAUUUUCAGAAUUGAACUACAAGAGAAUGAAACAAUUCAGGGAAAUAGUAGAGUAAAUGGCACAUGGCAGAAAUGAACCAAAAUUUGGGAAAUUUCUAAUUAUUGGAUACCCAUGAUUUUUAUGUUUUUUUUCUAUUACAUAUGACAUUAGCUAUUUAAGUAGGAAAGACAAAAGUUGCCUGUUGCAAAAAAAUGUGAUUUUGUAGUUUUUGUCACAUGUUUAAUAUAUCCGAGAAAUUUUCACAAAAAAAUAGAAAUUAAAGAAAACAUUUUUUUUUCAUGUAACUUUUGGAAUUUGUAAUAUUAAAGUUAUAAUCAUUUGUCAAUAUUUUUAUUACGUUAUACUUUUUUGGCUGGAGUGAAAAUUUAAGAAAAUUUAACCAAUUUAUCAUGAUACUUUUGCUUCAGUUCCUGGUUAUCAUACAGUGUAAUUGAAUACCAAUUUCAAUUGGUCAUGCAUUUAUCCUGUUCAUAACAUAUUUUAUAAACAGGCGUAGUGAUAUACUGUUAUGAUCACUGAAAAUGAUGAGUACAUUUUGAAGUAGUUAUAUGUAAAAUUAAAAAAAAAUACUGUCCAUAGAGAACAUUUUCUAGGAAAUGCCCUUAACUGGGGUGAGUGUCCACUUUGCUGGAUGCAGGAAUUUUUUAUACUUAAUUAACACUAAGUAUAGACAAAAGGAAUUUUUACUUUGUGUGCUAAUUGUUGUAAAAGGUGCAUUUGCUGUACAUCUUACAAUAAACAACAUGAAAUAUACAUAAGUUGGAAUUGCACUGUAAAACGCAUUUGGUUUGUAAGAAGUUUUUGUUUGCUCAUGUUCGCAAAAUUUUUCCGUCAGAAAUUAUGAAAAUUUCUAUAAGUUAUUUAGAUUUUAAACCUGGUGUUUCCAAAAAACUUUCCAGUUGCACAGACUCACAAAACUAACAUGUUGUGUGUUAUUGAAAAAGGAUCAUUCAGUGCAAAUAAGUGAAAUAAAGUUCACAUGAACUGAAAGUGUUUUACAGUACUUUUCACUUAAACUUUUUGUAUAUUAGCUACAGUAACCAUUUUCUUGUUUGCAAGUUAUUAAUAUUGUUAUGUUAUUCUUCCGUGUUAACCUUGUUAUGUACUGUUACGUUUUUAGCUCACCUGUCACAUAGUGACAAGCUGAGCUUUUGUGAUCACCCUUCGUCCGUCAUCAGUCCGUCCGUGCGUGCAUGCGUCAACAAUUUCUUGUCUGCACGAUAGUGGUUUCAUUUAUGAUUUUAUUUUAACUAAACUUGCACACAACUUGUAUCACCAUAAGAUCUCGAUUCCUUUCUUGAACUGGCCAGAUCCCAUUAUGGGUUCCAGAGUUAUGGCCCCUGAAAGGGCCAAAAUUAGCUAUUUUAACCUUGUCUGCACAAUAGCAGCUUUAUUUAUAACUUGAUUUUUACCAAACUGGCACACAACUUGUAUCACCAUAAGAUCUUGAUUCCUUUCUUGAACUGGCCAGAUUCGUUUAUGGGUUCCAGAAUUAUGGCCCCUGAAAGGGCCAGAAUUAGCUAUUUUGACCUUGUCUGCACAAUAGCAGCUUCAUUUAUGACUUUAUUUUAACCAAACUUGCACACAACUUGUAUCACCAUAAGAUCUUGGUUCCUUUCUUCAACUGGCAAAAUUCCUUUAUGGGUUCCAGAGUUAUGGCCCCUGAAAGGGCCAGAAUUAGCUAAUUUGACCUUGUCUGCACAAUAGCAGCUUCAUUUAUGAUUUGAAUUUAAUCAAACUUGCACAAAACUUGUGUCACCGUAAGAUCUCGAUUUCUUUUUUAAACCAGCCAGAUCCCUUAAUGGGUUCCAGAGUUAUGGCCCCUGAAAGGGCCAAAAUUAGCUAUUUUGACCUUGUCUGCACAAUAGCAGCUUCAUUUAUGAUUUGAUUUUAACCAAACUUGCACACAACUUGUAUUACCACAAGAUCUUGGUUCCUUUUUUGAACUCGCCAGAUUCCAUCGUGGGUUCCAGAGUUAUGGCCCCUUAAAGGUCCAAAAUUGGCUAGUUUGGCUUUUGCAGCCAUAUAGAUACCUCAUUUAUGGUUUUAUUUGAUACAAACUUCCAAAAUAUCUUCAACAACGAUAAAUCUUGGAUUCCAUGACGAAUCACAUCCAGUCGUAGGUUCCAGAGUUAUUUUAUAUCUGAUUACCUCCCCUGAUUGUAAUCAAAAUGGAUUUAUAUCAGUAAGUACUUAUAGGACUUAUUUGAAAUUUCAUUAUUGUCAUUUGUUGGACUGAGCCAAUCAGGGUAUAUAACUAUGGACUGAUUUUAUGUCAAAUUACCUCCCUUUAUUUCAAAUUAAAAUGGGUAUAUCUCCAUAACUAAUGAAGAUACUGAUCUGAAAUUUCAUUUAUGUCAACAGAUUUAUUUGGCAGAUCCUUCUUCUGUUCACUUACAAUAAUUUUUUUUUAAUUACUUCCCUUUUACGUUACUAUAAAUAGCUUAUUUUAAGUAACUUUUUUUAUUAUUGGCCGUAGGGAAAAACCGAGACCACUUUUAUGUGGUACAACAUGGAUGGAACCUCCAAUUUUUAGGUGUAUUUUGACAUAUCUGUACCUUGUAAGAAUUUUGUUUUUCUUUUUGGUUAAAUUUCUUCCCUUUGUUGUUCCUGUCCUUUGAACUUAGAUAUUUUUUCUGAGGACCUUCUUGUCCUCAAGUGCAAUGAUAACAGGUGAGCGAUAUAGGGCCAUCAUGGCCCUCUUGUUUCUUUCUUGCUGUUUAUUUCUGUACUCCUUAUGAUAGCUUAAGCUUGGUACAAUUGAAAAAUUCUACAGUGUAUUUUGAUUUAAGAAAAGUAUUUCUGCAAAACAUGAAGAUUUCUACCCGUGUAUAAUAGUGGAACUGUUUUUUAUGCUUUAACCGAUAAAAAAAACGGCUUGAGUUUUCUUGUUAAAAAGCAGGUAAAAAAGUGUAAUUAAUCUCCCGCCGUGGCGGAGGGAUUAUAGGAAUGGUCUGCGUCCGUCCUUCCGUCCGUAACAAAAUCGUGUCCGGUCCAUAUCUCCUAAAUCCCUUGAAGGAUUUUCAUGAAACUUGGAUCAAAUGAUCACCUCAUCAAGACGAUGUGCAGAACCCAUGAGUCAGCCUUGUCGGUUCAAGGUCAAGGUCACAACUCAAGGUCAAAGGUUUGAGCCUGCCAUUUUGUGUCCGCACUAUAUCUCCUAAACCCCUUGAAGGAAUUUUAUAAAACUUGGGUCAAAUGAUCACCUCAUCAAGACAAUGUGCAGAACCCAUGAGUCAGUCAUGCCGGCUCAAUGUCAAGGUCACAACUUAGGGUCAAAGGUUUGAACCUUCCAUUUUGUGUCCGCUCUAUAUCUCCUAAACCCCUUGAAGGAUUUUCAUCAAACUUGGGUCAAACGAUCACCUCAUCAAGACGAUGUGCAGAACUUAUGAGUCAUCCAUGUCGGCUCAAGGUCAAGGUCACAACUGAAGGUCAAAGGUUUCAGCUCUGUAACUCUAAACCCCUUGAAGGAAUUUUAUAAAACUUGGGUCAGAUGAUUACCUCAUCAGAACGAUGUGCAGAAAUUAUGAGUCAACCAUGCCAGCUCAAGGUCAAGGUCACAACUAAGGGUCGCAGGUUUGAUCCUUCCAUUUGGUGUCCACUCUGUAUCUCCUUAACCCCUUGAAGGAUUUUCAUCAAACUUGGGUCAAAUGAUCACCUCAUCAAGAACUCAUGAGUCAGCCAUGUCAACUCAAGGUCAAGGUCACAACUGAAGGUCAAAGGUUUCAGCUCUGUAUCUCCUAAACCCCUUGAAGGAUUUUCAUGAAACUUUGGUCAAAUGAUCACCUCACCAAGACGUUGUGCAGAAUUCAUGAGUCAGCCAUGUCAGUUCAAGGUCAAGGUCACAGCUAAAAUCAAAGGUUUUACCCUUUCACUAUCCAUAGCAGUGGCGGGGGAUUUAGCUGUCUUUCAGACUGCCUUGUUUUUAAAUUUGUAACAGGUUCUUCUUAAAGAUACUUUGACAUAAUUAAUAUAUGCAAGUAAGUUUGUGAUGUGUAAGUUCUCUUAGCCAGUUUUAUGUUCAGAAUAUGUAGGGCUCAUAUAUCAUGGCAUUCGGUGUUCUUGUAUUUAGCUGAAUGUUAACCCAUAGCCGCAAGUGAUUCUGCUUCUGCGACCAGUGUGGACCAAAAUCAGCUUACAUGUCCAUGCAGGCUGAUUAUGGUCUGCACUGUUCGCUAUUCAGUCUGUAAAUUUUCAGUGACCACCCCUUCAAAUAAUAAAUGGUACUGCCCAAAUUGAACUAUAGACCAGUCUUAUUUUAGAAAUUUAGCAGGGUAAAGGUUAAAAGAGCAUGCCUCCAGGUUUAGGUCAGAUGCUUUUUAAUUUAGAAAGUAUGAAGUUGUGUUAGAUUGAAGAAAAAUCUCUUAUAGAUCUAUGCAAUAUUUAAAGAUAUGAAAACAUGCAUAGUCUAUUAAGGUUGCAGAAAAAAAACAAAUAAAUCAUAGAAAUUUAGCUGUAUUUUAUACCAUAAUGUACAAAUAUCAACUUUAAAUUCAUUGAGGUGUUUUUUUCCUCUAUAUAUAAAGAGGUGUUUAAGUUGCUGGCUGUAUGUAUUAUACAGGCAAUAUCUUUUCUUUGUAAAAGAAUGUUUCCUGUAUUUCAUCAGUAAUUAACCAUGAUACAUUUUGAAAAAGCAAUAUUGGAGAUGCCGAGUACACUGCAUUUUAAUAUUUGCAUUUUAUUGUGUUUCAUUUAUCGUAGGAGGAAGGUAGGGGUAAGAACACUCUUUAUCAUGCUAUGUUACAAACACUUAAUUAGGAUUAAAAGUAAACUUACUUGCAAAAGCCUACUCAUUACUGAAAUAGUCUUUUUAUUGACCUAGAGUGAGACUUUUCUGUAAAGUAGACGGUCUCAAUCUUUUAAAGGCUGAUCACUUACAGAUCAAGUACAAGCCUGUUCAUGUCUAGUCUAAAAUAGUCCAGAUAUAAAGAGUCCUAAUCUACAUACCUUUCCUUGUAUAUUUCUCAAUAACAUCUUUGCACUAUUUCUCAAUAAUCUUGCACCAUUUCUGAACAACAUCCUUGCAUUGUUCUCAAUAACAAUAGUUGUGUAGGCAUACUAUGUUAAAGUGGAAUUAUGCGCAUUUUCAAGUAAAGUUCCAGCUGAAAUAGAUGUGUGUGUUAGUGGGUGGAGGAAGUCAUAGCUUUUAACCCAAUAUAUCAAAUUCUUCCUGUUACCAGUACGAAAAAAUACCUUUCCAAAGAUGACUUUUGUUAGUCUUUUAAGAAAAGUCAAACUUCACGCAGGAGUUGCUUCCCUUCAGUUUCAGAAAUCUGUACCUAUGGGUAAGGGAGAUCACUGAGUAGGAUAUUGAAGAAAAGAACUACUAUUUCAUUUGUCCAGUUUCUUUAUUUCUAAAGCAUCAACUUCAAAUACUUAUGAGGCUUUAUCAUUAAUUUAACACAUUUAAAUGCACAGUAGCCGAACAUUGCUUUUAUAAAACAUUCUCCAAAAACAUGCCAUGUGCAGUAAGAUGUGCAUAAUGCCACUUUAAAGAAGUGUGUAUAUUUGAUCAUUUGUAUUGUAUUGAUGGUCUUAUAAGCAAUACACAGAAACUGUAUCCAAUUUUAUGCUGGCUAGUUGAGAUAUUUCUGGAACCACUGCUUUAAUCAGGGGACUCAAAGGGUCUUGCUGUAUCAGUGUUAUUGCAGGUGGUAGACAAGUUUUGAUUUCUUAAGUCAUAUUUUAUAUAUAUGUUACUUAGAUGUAAGAGCAAAAUUUUAAGUCCUUUUUGGUGCAAUAUAACUUAUACUGUGUUGGUGCGCUAUAAACACCAGCUCAAUAAUCUUACACAAGUUUUACUUUAACUCCAUUUUUCAAAACAAACCUAUUCCUGUGGGUAAGUUUGAAGAAAUGCAUUUUCUUUAAUGGUUGACAAUAUGCUGUAGAGUGCUUUGUACUUUUUUUAUAACCCGUUGCAUUGUAUUUAAUAUAGUUGCUUAUAUAAACACAAAAUGCAUACUCAUUGAAUGGUAUGGAAUAAAAUAUACUCAGUACUU